CCGCCCAAAUAAUUCACCCCCUGGUGGGCCAACACACGAAACGGCUCUUCCCAUUAUAAACCCACUCCCAGAUCCUCCCUCAAAAUACUACUGAACUCCCCUGCUUUUCACCAAAUGCCACUAUCCUCCCCUCCAACUCUGUGAAAUCCCGGAAUCCAAAGAUUCAGUUCGCCAUGUCCUCCAGAAAGCUACUGGACGUAAAUCCAGCGUCUAUGCCGGUGGAUAUAUCAAAAGAUAUGAUCCAACUCCGGCCAGAGGAAGGUUCUUUCGACCCAAAUUUAGUAGUAAUCUUAGCGGCUCUGCUCUGUGCUCUGAUCUGUGCCCUGGCCAUAAACUACAUCAUCCGCUGGUCGUUUCACUUCACCCGGCUCUUUGUAGCCCGGAGGGGCGGUGAAAUCAGCACACCUGGGUCUGGGUCUGCGGGUCUCGGAGUGCCCGAUGACAAAGGUCUGAAACGGGCGGAGGUUCAGACAUUGCCCACCAUGAUCUACUCAAAGCCUGCGGGCCGUGUGGAACUGGACUGCCCCAUUUGUCUCUCGGACUUUGCCGAUGGGGAAAAGAUCCGGGUCUUGCCCGAAUGUAAUCAUUCGUUUCAUAGGCAGUGUAUAGAUCAAUGGCUUCUGUCUCAUUCCUCCUGCCCGACUUGCAGGCGGAGUCUUGUGGAUUUUGUUGCAGAGAAGAGCACUGUGGCGGCCCUGCUCUGUAGUUACCAGCAGGGGCAUGAAUGUCCCCAUAAUGGUAGCAUUCGUAUAAUCAUUCAUCGGGCCAGAGAAGAAGAUGAAGAAGAAGAACAGAUUGAGGGUUCUGCAACGGAACAGAGUGCUGAAACCCCAACAGAAUCUGUGGACAGAGUAGCUCAGAAUACUUCUGAUCGGAAUCCAGGAUCUGACACUUGUUAGUGCUUAUCCUGUGAGCUUGUAAAAGUGACAUGGGUCGUUUUUGUGGGUCAGACUGGAACUAUUUCUUGGGAUUAGGAUUUCAUUACCUCUGGUAAUGGGUGAAAGUAGGUCAGUUGUUUGGGAAAUAAUAGGGCGAGGAAAAAGUGUGUACAGAAUGAGGGUGUAUAUAAUUUUUUCAAGUUGAUCUUGAUCGUGUAUUUAACCUUUUUUUAAUGAAUAUAUGAGCUUUGGUCUCUC